UUGGUAUUAUGACCACGGUUCAUGUCAUAUAGCCUCAACUUAAUUAAACAACUUUGCUCAACACAAUAAGUAUUAUGAUAAUUAUCCUCCUUAAUCACAGGCCGGUCCGACAAAAUAAUAUGGACAAAAGGUUGAAGUCAGCGUCAGCGACCUUCAGUCCUUUCUGGCCUUAGUGCUUGUGUCCUUCAGGCUUACCUGACUUUAACCUCGUCCCGUUCCCAUAAAACCCCGUCUCCCGCGAGCUCCCCUUCACAAUAUUAUCUUCGACAUCACAUUAAAGUACAGGGGAAAAAAUGAUUUGUGGAGCAAUAGGUUUCACCUUUUGGCGGUGCAGUGUGUUUCUGGUGUCGAUUGUGAUGAUACAGAUUUGGGUUGCUGGCGCUGCAUCGGUAUCAGACAAGAGCCAGUGCUUUCGAUGUGAUGAGAUUUCACCAUGCCUGGAGCAGCAAUACGUGUGCAACUCGGUACCAGACUGUGCUAACGGUCGAGACGAGCAGACUACCAAAGGAGGUGGAUGCUCUACUGAAGAUGAAGGGCUUGAAGACAAGUACAUGUUGCCUGUUAUCUACGUCACGGUUGGCAUCAUCGUUUUGGAGAUAAUUGGUGUUUUCGCUAUUGUCAUGUACAUCCUGAAUGUCCGUUGCUGUAAACUGGCGUGCAAUCUGAAGUCCAAGGAAAAGCGUAGGCCCACCCGGUCGACACAGCAGUCUGGACCCGUCAAACGCAGCCACAAGCAUCAUGGUGGCUGGGGACAUUACUACAUCAAGCCUCGGCGCGCUCAGGCCCUUCGCCCCCUUCCUCAAAUACCAAUCGUCGGCGUAGAUCGCGGCAAACCAUUCCACAUUCCUGAGCCCGUAUUUGACCCGAUUGUCCCCCAAACUGUCGAUGCAGAACGUCAGGGUCAAUAUUACGACAAUAACACGCGAUUGUGGCCACAAAGUAACCAAUCCUUCAUGAAAAGCUCACCUGAACAACCCUUUUGUAAUUCCGUAUGGACUGACCCUGUCCCACUGACGAUGCCAACAGUCACCAGAAUGUCGACCGAUGAAAACAAGGACCAACCGCACCUUGAGACAAACAGGAGAACCAAGCCCGAGCCACACACUAUUGUCAAUGCCUCUAGUAAUGACCGAGGCAUAGUGAGAUCGGAGCCCCGACGCGUUGUUCAUCAUCACCACACCACAAUCAAGCAUCUGACUGUGGUAGUUCCUACGCAAACCGAAAUGGCGGGACGUAUGAUCGAGGCGGCUACACGUGCCACGUUGAGUGAGAUCACAGACGACAGGCCAGGUACAUCAGACGGACGUACAGCGUCUGCUUCAGACAAACAAAUCGUGCCUUUGCAUCGCCCACGCAAAGGAACCAACAUGUACAACAUCGAUAAUUUGUGUUAAAAAGUGAAUGUAUGUCUUUCUUGGUCAUUUAAUACCAAAUUAGUAAUUUUGAAUUACAGCAUGACUUUGGGGUUAAGGGGUCCUUUUCGUUAUUGUAUAACUCUUAAUAAAGAUAAACUUUUACUAUAAUAAAUUAAAGUUAUCACAUCUUUUGCUUUAGCUUUUUUAAUACAUCAUUAUUUAUAAGAUUAUUGACCUUUGUUGCUUAGUCAAGUGUCUUUUGUUUACUAUCAUCUCGAUAGUUAGAAAAUAUCAAAUGACCAUUUUAAUUGGUUAAAGACCUGUUGACGUGAUGCUUUGUCAACUACCCAAACGGUUUAUUUCAAGUAAUUAUUGUCGUUAGUUUUAUUCAUAAUAUUUUAGUUUACCUUUAUCCAUAUUCACUUUUAAUCUCAUACUUAAUUUAACUCGAUUAAUUAACUUAAUCUUUCUAAUCUUUCAUCUCUCUACUUUGCUACUUGUUAUCAAUCUACACCUUGUUAACUGCUUAAGAGUAAUAACCCGGGUGGUGCUGAUUAACUUUUUGUAAGUGGACGCCGGCGGUGAACUUGAACUUUGAUUUCGUCAAGCACAAAAUGACUGCUGUCUUGUUGCAGGCACAAUUAUCAAUCACGGACCCUAUAUCCACAAGGAUGAACGACUGUUCUGAGCUCUGGUAUAAAAUGCACUGAACGGACUUACCUUAAUUGGUGAUAAACGGGCCUUAAUACCUGGCGGUGACAUGUUAAUCGCGAAUAUUCCAGGUGUGCUAUUUUGUCGCUUUUUGCAUGACAUCUAAAACGGAAAUAUUCAUAAAUCUUUAAGCAAAACCACUCCUUAUUGUAAGAUAUAUAUACUUGUUCCAAAAUUGUUUAAAAAUAAAUACUUAAGGAUAUAUCAGAUGGUAUUGUGCAUUUUUUGUCGUCACUAAUUUACUCGGGAAAUAAACAUCAAAUGUGACACCUUUUCCAAGGAUAACACCGUUUACCCAAAUCUCGUUUUUAAUUGGGCUUUCAUUAAAAAGUUUUAGAGGGAUGUGGUCCCGAACCGAUAAAACAAAUGCGACAAUUCAUAGUUUAUUUUAAAGCUAAAAAUAUUGUGCUCGGCGUUAACAUGGUUAUGUAAUUAUCACUUAUCAGACUUCAAUAAUAAAGGCCAAAAACGUAGGAUCAUGAAU